AUGCCGGCGGCCGCUGCAGCUCUCCGAGAUCAACACCUGGUCUUCUUCAAUGGAGCCUUCUCUCCGCCGACGUGUGCCCACGCGCACAUUGCAGCGACCAUCUGCAAGGACCCCAAGGUCACAGCACUUUGGUUGGAUCCCGAGCCGGCCCGCCCCGGCAAAGAACGCUGGCAGAACGAGACGAUGGAGGCGCGCAUCGAGAUGUGUGAGCUGCUCACGGAGGAAUCGCCACUUUGUGGGCGAGCAGGCGUCGGCUCCUUGCGCCGGGACCUGGGGCCCGAGCUUGGGACCUCGGUAGAACUUUUCCGAGUGCUGAGGGCGCUACUCGGUGGCCCCGGGCGCGGCACGCUGACAUGGGCCGUAGGUGCUGAUGUGUUCGAGGGCAUGAAGCAUUGGGCAAGCAAAGCGCGCGCCUGCCUCCAGCCCGGUGACACCUGUGACGAGCUGCUGCUUUUCACCCGUGAGGGCUGGACCCACGAGCGCUUAGCAGAGGCAACGCAGGCUGUCGGCCAUGCCCCAUGCCAUGUCUCAGUCAUCCCGAUGCCAGAACACCUUCUCUCCGUGUCCAGCCAUCAGGCGCGUGCGGCCCUCGUCCGCGAGAGCUCUUUUCCCGAGUAUCCCGGAGAGCUUGGCAUGAUACCACCCCGUGUCGCUGAGCCCCUCGGCUGGACAGCUUUGGCCAAGUUGAGGCGGCAUCCGAUAUGCUGGACGGGUGGCGCCAGCAAAGAAGUCGUGCCGGUGUUUGGACUGCUGGGAGGUUCCGCCUUGCAGGUGUUCAUGAUGCCAGGAGUCCUUGGGGAACUCAGGACAAUCAAACGACAGAACUUGGAACGGUCGAGUCUACCUCCAGUGAUCCGCGAGGAGUGGCUAGGAGCUUUACAGGAUGCGCCACUGAUUGCAGAUACGCCUGCAAUGUCAGUGGCGCAAGCCAUCGCGGCCACCCGCGGCCGGCUCUCGGACGUGGCCUCGGUGGCGGCCUGGGCCCGGGAGAUGCCGGCGGCCGCUGCAGCUCUCCGAGACCAACACCUAGUCUUCUUCAACGGAGCCUUCUCCCCUCCGACGUGUGCCCAUGCGCAUAUCGCAGAGACCAUCUGCAAAGAUCCCAAGGGCCCAGCUCUUUGGUUGGAUCCAGAGCCGGCCAAGCCGGGAAAGGAGAGAUUUCAGAACGAGACCAUGGAGGCAGAGCUGAGUUAG